ACCUGUUACUCUGCUGCCAACAGCCAACCAUACUCUCGUUCAAUCAGUUCCCAGCUUGCACAAGAUGUCGAUCUGCUUCAGCUUUCAGAGUCUGGUGCCCAUAAGGGCGCUGCGAGGAGCUCCAAAUCUCUUCAACUGGACACCGGUCGCUGCUGCUGUCACCGCCGGGCUCAGGUUAGCAUCCACCGCUGCUGCACAAGAUAAAAAGUCGGCAAUAAUCGAGUCUACGGAAGACUACAAGUUCGUGGAGCGACUCAUACCGCCAUCACGGAUACCCGAUCCGCCUAAACACGUCGGAGCCACGCCGUCGGGCUGGAUCCCCCCAGCUGAAUCCCCGCCACCGCUGCCCUACAUGAUCCGGCGCUCCCGCAUGCACAACAUCCCCGUUUAUAGCGACCUGACCCACGGUAACCGCAAGAUGACGCUUGUACGGAAGGUGGAGGGGGACAUCUGGGCCCUGGAGAAGGACGUGAAGGAGUAUCUGAAACAGGUGACGGGGAAGGAGUUGCCCACGCAGGUUAACGAGGUGACCAUGACUCUGAAGGUGAAGGGCCACUUUGACCAGCAGCUGAAGGACUGGCUGGCCAGCAAAGGCUUCUGACCGAGGAAGAGGGUUCAGCUGAAGGACAACAUGACUCUGAGUCAUCUUCUGGUCUUCCAGUAGACUGUUCUGACACCAAAGUUCUACAUUUCUAGUCUGUUAAACUUAAAACUAGAUUAAACAGAAAAGCAUCAAACUUUCUUACAGUUUGGAAAACAUGCGGGAGCUUGAUUCUCUUUUCAUGGAAUAAGUUGAAAAUGUUUGGUAGUUGACCUUUCUGAUCAGAGAAAAACUGUCAAUCUAACUGAUCUCUGUAUUUCUAGUACUGAGAAGGGGCCCCUCUGUGAAAUCCAGUUUAACUGUAUUCAAGGGUUCUGACAAUACAAAAUAUAACCAAACAGCA